CGACGGGCCGCUCCUGGCCCCGCUCGCUCUGCGGCCCACGUGGUGCGGCGGCGCGUUGGCGGGGCGCCCGGCCUUGCGCCCCCGCCCAUUGUGUGCUGGCCCCCGGGCUUCACCACAGCCGCCGGCUGUCCCCCGCCCCGCCCAGCCCGUGCGCGCAGGCCGGGCCCUCCCUUCGGGAAGCUGGGGUGGCUCGCUCCGCGCGCUCUGACGCCCUCUCCGCGGGCUGGUCUGGGACCCUGCGCCUGGCCGGCUGGACUGUCUGCUGUCGCUUAGCUUUUCGUACUCCAGACCUGGCAGCCCCCCCCCCCCCCCGGAGGCCUGCCCCACUUGGCCCUACUCCGACACCCUCUUCUCGGCCAAGGGGUCGCCCGUCCACACCAAAGGGAAAACGCGAUCGUAGUCCGCCACUACCACAAAUUAUGCAGUCGAGUUUCCCACAUUUGGGGAAAUCAAUGAGGUCAGCACGUCCAGAGUGCAAUGGAUAAGCCUCACCCUGGGAAAACCACCUUCGUGAUCAUGGUAUCUCCCCUGCCAGAUCCUUUCAGGAAGAAUUGCUAAUGAUGUACUUCAGGAAGAAGAAACUUGUACUCAUACAAAGGAGUGAGGAAUGAGGGCAGGUGACGGAAGCAAGAUCUUGGCAAAGGUCUUGGCUCAAAAAAGCAAUGGUAAGAAUGGGUAAAAUGAUCAAAAACAACCAUUUCAGCACUCGGGAAGUUAACCAAAGGCAGACAGCAAAUUGAAAGGCAAUUCAACAAAACACUUGGCAGCCUCAGUAAUACCAAUGGCGUCUGUGACAUUGUAUUACCAGGUGACUCCUGUUUCCCUUCCCCCACCCCCAAAGGCCAGGACACGGUAGCCACGAGAAUUGGCCGCCUUCCUGCUGCUGGAGGGGCUGACCUGAUUUCGGAGCUCUGCAAAAAAAAAAAAAAAAUUCAUAAUUGAGAGGUGAUGUUGAAAAUAAUAUCAAUUAGUGGCAAAGCAUUGGGGGAAGGCCAGUGUCAUGGCCACCUAAGGCUUCAAUGCCAUUUGGGACAAGCAAGCGACCAGCCAAAAUUUUAAGAAGAUCUGGGGCACAAGAUAGCCAUGGGGGACUUUGGGAAGCACCAGCGUAUUCCUGGGGAUCCGGAAGCACACACACACUAAGAGCUGCGUGUACAUGUAGGAGAGGACUCAACCCUGGAUCCCUGGCUGACCACGAGGGCCUAUGAGGCAGAAAGUAAACUCCAAGUCAGACUUGCAGCCUGCCUGACUUUUGUGUUCCCCAGCCCACACUCUAAGGUCCGGUUGGCAAAGGGCAGAAAGAGGGCGCUCCUUCAAGGUAUUUAAGGAAAACUUCUGACCAACUAAUGACUGGCCACUAAGCUGUGCUGAGCCAGGAGUGGUCCCUAGGAAGGCUGGUUUAAAAACAAAAAUAAGAACCAAAACAAGCAAGCAAACUGAACAGAGGCUUCGGUUGUCCCACACUGCGGGGAAGACAAAACAUACAGAACUAGUCCAGGCAAGUCACCAAAUGACCAACCAGACUACAAUAAUGACGAAAUCUACAAUCAGCACCUCUGGGAGCUCAGAAGCCUGAAAUACAUUAUCUAAGAUGUCCCAUCUUCGACAGAAAAUUACAAGACAGAUCUCAUUUAAUCCUCCCCACAGAGGAGUUUCUAGCUCGCAUUCGGGGAAAAUAAGGCUCAGAGAGAUGAAGUCACUUGCUCUAGAUCAUACAGCAAAUACACGGCAGAGCUGACACACUAACUCUGUGUGAGUGAUGUGCAGAGAAACAGGAGAAUAGCCCAAACACAGGGAGAAAAGCAGUAACUAGGAACUUGAGUUGGAGGGGGGCCCAGAUGCUGGACUUAGUACUGACAAAGCAAUGACAAAUAUGUUCAAAGAACUAAAGGAACACAUAAAGGAUGAAAGGAAAGUAUGAUAGUCACUCAUCAAGUAGAAAAUAUCAAAAGAGAGAUACUGAUUUUGGAUGUUCUGUUGAGAACAACAGUGAGAAAAAAUUUCUGUUGUUUUAAGCCAUCGAGUUUUUGGCCAUUUGUUACAGCAGCCACCAGAAGCUAAUACAGACAGACCCUAAAUGUAAAAACCGUAUGCUGUGGCUAUUGGGAGUGCGUUAAAAAUACAUAGCCAUAGGAGGUAAGAUGGUGAGCUCGCAGUGAGCGUAUGUCAGGGAUGAAAAUAGGUACGCCUGGAAGCAGAUUUUAAAAGCAGUUUCUCCGGGUCGUCUUCUUUCACACCACCGGAUAAGCGUCUUGAGUCACCAUGGUAUUAGCGGCAGUAAAACGGGUGAUAUCAGACAGAACUAUCCGGAAACAUUUAUUUCCAAUUCAAAAUGGAGCUUUAUAUUGUGCUUGUCAUAAAUCUACGUAUUCGCCUCUUCCAGACGACUACGAUUGCAAAGUAGAGCUUGCUUUGACAUCUGAUGGCAGGACGACAGUAUGCCCUUCUGUGGACGUUCCGUAUGAACAAACAAAACCUAUCCCACGGCCAGAUCCUGUGCAUAAUAAUGAAGAAACACACAAUCAAGUGCUGAAAACCAGACUAGAAGAAAAAAAUGAACCCUUUGAGCAAGGACCUAUGAUAGAACAACUUAGCAAAAUGUUCUUUACUACUAAGCACCGUUGGUAUCCUCGUGGACAGUAUCAUAGACGUCGUAGGAAGUUGGAUCCUCCCAAAGACAGAUGAUAUUGAGGUUUUCAGGAAUCAAAGAGAUGUUAUCUUGUGUCUUAUUUGCCAUUUGAGAAAAUGCAAUUGAGUAUAUUCACUGUUAGACAGCAAAACAAUAAUAAAAUGUCUUUAUAUAUUAAAAAAUAUAUAUAACCAUAAAUAUAUGUAUUUGAGAAUAAGA